AUGGGUGGAGGCGAUCUCAACAUGAAAAAGUCGUGGCACCCUCUCCUGCAAGUCAAUCAGGAAAGGGUGUGGAAGCGGGAGAAGGAAGCUCUAGAAGAACGCAAGAAGCUUGAGGAGCUGCGUCGCGAGCGGGAGCAAGAGCGAGAGAUGCAAGAGCUGCAACGCUUGCAAGAGGAGGCUGGAGGCAAGAAGCGUAUUGAUAGAGUUGACUGGAUGUAUGCUACUCCUGCCACCACUGGCUCCAACUCGGCUGCCGAAAUGGAGGAAUACCUGCUGGGAAAGAAGCGGAUCGACAAGCUUUUGCGAGGAAACGAAGCCGAGAAGGUGUCGAAGAACAAUCAGCAGAACCUGAUCUCGCUGCAGAACGCAAACUCGGCUCGCGACCUUGCGGCCAAAGUGCGAGAAGAUCCGAUGCUUGCGAUCAAGCAGCAGGAGCAAGCAGCAUACGAGGCACUACUACGGGAUCCUGCACGACUACGACAGCUCAAGCUGCAGGCAGGUAUUGAUGUGAAUAAGGGAAGCAAGGAAGAAAAAAGACGCCGAAAGGAGGAGAAGCGCCGCAGACACGAUGAUGAUGAUGGGCACAAGCGCAGACGAUACGGUGAUGAUGACCGUGACAGCGACCGUCGACACAGGUCACGUCACAGCGACUCACGCGGCGACAGUCACUCACAUCGUCAUGGAGAGGACAGAGACGGCAAGUCAAGAGAUCGAGACCGCAGUCCUCGUCGGGAUGGCGAAUCCUCGUCUCACCGUCGUCACCACGACGAACACCGAUCCUCCAGGAGGCAUCACGAUAGCGAGCGGUGUCGCCGAGAACGAGCUCGUCCGCCAUCCUCUCACAAUGACAACGAAAAGCACCGCUCCUCUCGACACAGCAAUGGCGAAUACUCCGACAGGCGCUCACGAAGCCACAGCCGGAGUGUCUCUCCUGUCACAGACCGUCGUCGUCAGGAUGACCUUCCGCCGCGCUUUGGAGAUUCAUACCGCCCACAGCCACGCAGUCGCGACCCCCGGUUCAGAAACGGAAGCUCCUCCGCUUCCACACGGAGCCGCGAAGAGGAGGACAAGCGGAAAGAGGAGAUCCGACAACAGAAGCUUCGAGAGAUGGAACAGAAUGCCAAGUCCAUGGAGGAGCAACGCAUUUCCUUCGUCUCCAAGAUCAAUGCUGAAGAAGCAGAGCAGGACCGCAAAGAGGCUGAGCUGCGACAAAAGCUCAUUGAUGCAAAGGCAAAGGGCCACAACGAUGGCAAGGGAGGCUUCUUGUUGGAUCAGCAGAGGAAGACGUUUGGUGAUAGUGUCGACUUGGCUGAGCGGAUGAGGAGGGACAGGGGACGGUUGCAACGUAUGGACUGA